ACUCUCUCUCUUUCUCACUUGUGUGGAGGAAAACAGAACUGAAAAACUGUGCGACUGCGAGAGCACACAGGAACACCAAAAAGGAGGAAGACGAAGGAAGAAGAAGAAAAAGAAGAUCAUCAAGAUGGCUCUUCGGAUCACUCCGGUGAACUUGCAAUCUGAAGGAUAUCGUUCUUUUGGCUUUCCUCAAACGGCUAAUCUCAGAUCUCCCAAAUUCGCCAUGGCUUCCACCCUCGGAUCCUCCACCCCGAAGAUUGAGACGAAAAAGCCCUUUACCCCACCAAGAGAGGUUCAUGUCCAAGUGACACACUCAAUGCCACCACAAAAGAUAGAAAUUUUCAAAUCCAUUGAAGGAUGGGCUGAGCAAAACAUACUAACUCACCUAAAACCAGUUGAAAAAUGCUGGCAAGCACAGGAUUUCCUACCAGAUCCUGCAUCUGAAGGAUUUGAAGAACAAGUGAAGGAACUUAGAGCAAGGGCAAGAGAAAUCCCUGAUGAAUACUUUGUUGUUCUUGUUGGAGAUAUGAUUACAGAAGAAGCUCUUCCUACUUACCAAACAAUGCUUAAUACUUUAGAUGGUGUUAGGGAUGAAACAGGGGCAAGUCUUACUCCUUGGGCUGUUUGGACUAGAGCUUGGACUGCUGAAGAGAAUAGACAUGGUGAUCUUCUUCAUACGUAUCUUUACCUUUCUGGAAGGGUCGAUAUGAGGCAGAUACAGAAAACUAUUCAAUAUCUUAUUGGCUCAGGAAUGGAUCCUCGUACCGAAAACAGUCCCUACCUCGGGUUCAUCUACACCUCUUUCCAAGAACGCGCGACCUUCGUCUCUCACGGCAACACUGCGCGCCACGCGAAAGAGCACGGCGACGUAAAACUCGCGCAAAUCUGCGGCACAAUCGCGUCCGACGAAAAACGACACGAGACCGCGUACACAAAAAUCGUGGAAAAGCUCUUCGAAAUCGACCCGGACGGCACUGUCCUCGCGUUCGCGGACAUGAUGCGCAAAAAAAUCUCAAUGCCGGCUCACCUAAUGUACGACGGUCAAGACGACAAUCUGUUUGACCAUUUCUCAGCUGUUGCACAAAGACUUGGGGUUUAUACUGCGAAAGAUUACGCGGAUAUUUUGGAGUUUUUAGUCGGGCGGUGGAAGGUGGCGGAUCUGAUGGGAUUAUCCGGCGAAGGGCGGAAGGCUCAGGAUUAUGUUUGUGGAUUGCCGCCAAGGAUCAGGCGGUUGGAGGAGAGAGCUCAGGGGAGGGCGAAGGAGGGGCCGAAGAUGAAGUUCAGUUGGAUUUUUGAUAGGGAAGUGAAGCUUUGAAAAAGAUGUGGUAUUUUUUUUUUUUUUUUUUUUUUUUUUGGGUUAUGUUUGGUUGUUGGAAUUUGUUAUGGGUAGAGGUGGUGGUUGUUAAGUUAAGUUAAGUUAAGUUAAAAGAACUUGUUAGUGUUUUGUUUGAUUUUGUGUUUUGUUGGAAUCUGAUAUGUGUUUUGUUCGUGAGUUUGAGUUUGCGUGUUUGUAAACUUAUGUGGUGGCUGUGGACAUAUUAUAGAACCUUUUAUGCCAA